AUGUCAAGUUCUGGCACACCCGCCUUUGACGAUCCUGCUGCGUUGGUGGCACUGCUCCGGCAAUGGUCUGCCCCUGAUGAGCUUCUGGAGGUCCUCACUGUAAAGGGUUUCAAGACCAUCGCGACCAUUGCCUAUGCUAUCCCUCCGGAUGGCUCCCCUGACGACUGGAUUCGCGUCUUGUGUUUUGCACGACGCCUUCUGGUGCAGGCGCGCGACCUUGUGCAUCCGGCACCUGCCCCGUCGACCCCUGCCUCUGCCGGGAGCGCCCCGCCUUCCCUGCCCGGCCCAAAAAUCACGGCCGAAGCGGCGGAGUUGCUGCGUCAGAAGUUCAUUGAGGCCUACCCGGGAGAGGUCCUCUCCCCGUCGAGCACACCCAGUUUGGAAUUUCUCAACCGCCUCCGCUCUGAGUUGGACAAGCCAACAACCCUGUGGAUUCCGUGGCGCUUGAGGACAUCUGAGCAUGACGUUCAGACGUUCUAUGAACAUCGCCGACCCAGGUCGGACAACCAGCUCCUCCGCUCCUUGUUGGAUGAUGUUCCGGACCCGGUUGUGGCUCACGCGUCCGUGCCUACUUCAGGUCCCGUUGAGCCUCUGCUUCGCCGCCACUUUGGAAUUCUGGUCACGGCCUUGGCUUUUCUGGGUGACCUGCAUCUCCGUAUCGGCAAGAUUUUUGCGGAGUCUUUCAUUGCAUCCGCUACGGCUGUCCCCCUGGACCCUUCCCUCCGGGCACCAUCUCUGCAAGAAGUACUUGCAGCCGACCGGUCCAUUUGGGCUGCCGUUGGCACACUCAUGCGAGAUGAGAAGUGGUCGCUGUCUGAUUCCAUUCAUGAGGUUUCCGCGGCCCCUGCCUCGGAGUCGGACCGACUCAGAAGUCGCUCGCCGCACCGCCCGGUUCUCCGAUACUCCUUCUCCUUUGUCCGCCCACCUUUUCAAGGGGCCCGCCCUGGCAUGCAUCCCCCCUCCCCGUGUGCACGCCCUGCCAAGGAGACAGCUCCAUCCUUGGAUCGGGCCCCCCCUUCCACUUCCCCAGCCGAUCCUCCUGUUCGCCCGGCACUGUUUCUGGACUUGUUCUCAGGUUGCUCGGCCCCGCUCUCUAAAGCAGUUUCCAAUCUUGGCCUCGACCGCAUUGCCCCUAUAGACGUGCUUCAUGGGGAAGAGGUGGACUUGCUUCUGCCCCAGCAUCAGUCGUCCAUGCGGAAAUUGUGCUCGUCUGGCCUCGUGCGUGUGGCUGUUGCCGCCCCACCCUGCUCCAGCUUUAGCCGUGCUCGCCUCAAACCCGGUGGCCCGCCCGCAGUCCGGACACCAGCACACCCGCACGGCAUUCCUGCUCCUUCCCAGCGCCAGCAGGCUGAACUGCAGCGAUCCGACAAGCUGCACGAGCUCUGUCGGGAGCUCCUCACUCUCGUGCUUCUCUCGGGUGGUCUGGUUUUGCUUGAAAACCCAUCUAGCAGCUUGUUGUGGCUCACCGACCCGUGCAAAGCCUGGAUCCGUCACCACUGCCUGUCCGCCGUGGAAGUUGCCGCUUGCACUUUUGGCAUGAAUGCUAAAAAGAGCUGGACCUUUGUCUCAAACUUAGCGGACCUUUCCUCUCUGGCCUCGACCUGUUGCCACCCGCCGGGCACUCACCCGCCCUUGGCAGGCAAGCGUGACUCGUCCGGUGCCUUCCUUACACGGACCACUGCCUGCUACCCGGACGGUCUCUGCGAGCGCGUUGCGGCACUGAUGGCACCAUAUCUCUCCCGGUCAGUGGGCCUAGUCCCGUUCCUCUCCUGGGGAACGGCUCUUCUUGAGCCUCAGCUCUGCUGGCCACUUCCCUCCUCUCGGAUUGAAGAUGGUGCCGGUUCGUGCUCCACUGCUUCCUGGUCCAAACCGUCCGGCCCCGACACCUUUGGCCCUCUGCGCAAACUCUGGGUUCAGCGCAUCCUGUCCGGGGAUUUCCUUGCCAAGUUUCGCGCUCGGCUGGCAUCCGGCUCCAAGGAUGCCCCUAUUUCUGAGUCCGAACUGGUACCUUUCUUGGGUGACUUGCGCUCCUUCCUGGGCUUGGCGGCUACUGACUUUGAUACACUCCUUUCGGUCCCUCCGGGCCAACCGUUCCGCCUGUUCCUUCUGGAUGCGCUGCUUCAGCUCUCGCGCGACCCGGAUCGACCCUUUGUGGACUUGCUACUUGAGGGAGUUCCUCUGGGUGUUGACGAACCUAUGCCUGCCUGCCCUACGCUGUUUCCUGCUUCCGCCCCCAAGGACCCAUCCAUGGACUUACAGCAUUGUUCCUCCUCCUGGGGAUCAGCUCUUUCCGACCUGUCCACUGUUGACUCCCUUCUUCAAACCGAAGUUUCUGAAGGAUGGGUGCGGGAGGUUCCGGGCGGUCUUGACAGCCUCGUCGCUACCUAUGCUCGCACCGCUGUGGGGAAGCUUGGACUUGUUAAGGCCCCCGACCGUGACCCCCGCCUGGUGGUGGAUUCCAGCGUUUCCGGUGUUACAGAACACACCACUCUUCCCAAUAAGUCUGCGAACCCGACCAUCUCGGGCCUCCGUCGCUGCUUUCCUCUCCGUCUGGCCCUGGAACAGCUCUUCGCACUUAUCCUGGAUGUCAGCAAGGCUCACCGGCGCAUACUGAUCCGGGCCGCCGAUCAAGGCCUUCUUUGCUUUUUCCAUCGCGGCCGCCUAUUCCAGUGUCUGACAUUGAAUUUCGGUGCACGCGCGUCCGGCUUUUACUGGGCACGUUUGGCGGGGAUUCUGUCACGCCUCAUGCAUCGGCUUCUGUUCGUCCGCCAUGCCUUGCUCAUCUAUGUCGACGACCUGAUCUCCCUCCUUUCCGGUCCGUCCGCGCCGGUCUGGGCCGCUGUGCUGUGUGUUUUCCUUCUUGUGCUUCGUGUCCCAAUGAGUUGGCACAAAGCCUAUUUGGGCGCACGGCCGACUUGGAUUGGUUGGUCUAUGUCCCUGGAAACCUUUACCGCCACGCUUGAACCACCGAAGCUGGCCCGUCUCCGCCUUCUCAUUUCUUCAGCCCGUUCCGGGGAGGCGAUUCCACUACACCUGCUUCGCAAACUCACCGGCAAACUCCUUUGGGUUUGUUCCCUGUUUCGUCCAUUCCGGCCGUCUCUUGCACCGCUAUAUCGGGACCAAAGCCUACCUCCACUUGUUCAUGUUGCUGUGGCCCCCUCCAAGUGGGAAUCCUUCCGUGCAGCCCUGUCCAAAGACCUCGUGCUCACAAAAUCUGUUGGUCUGGCUAGUUGCCCCCAGGGCUGCACCCUGGUCAGUGUGGCUUCCCGUCCUGUUCAUACACUGAAGGAUGUUCCUCUCCACUUUGCCGGUGAGCGACGACUCUGGAUUUCCGUCCGCUCCCCUCCGGACUCUGACCGGAAACUUUCACAGGAAUCUAAAGCUGUCUUGGACCUCUGGCACUCCUGCCUGUGUCAGACCAUCCCGCUCUUCCCGCUGUCUCUCGCGCCGCUGUUAACUUGCGAGGCGUUUGCUGACGCCUGUGCCGACAGCAAACACGCGGGCUUGGGCGGCUUCGUGGCUUUUCCCUCCGGCCGCACGGUAUGGUUCCGAUCCGCCUUAUCUCCUGCGGAUCUUGCUCGACUUUGUGCUUGGUAUUCCCCUGACAUUUCCCCUCAGAAGUUCAUUGCUGCCUGGGAACUCCUUGGCCAAAUCGCGCUUCUCUGGUGCGUUGCUCUCGUUGUCCCGGCCGCUCACCACCCAGUACAUUUCGUCAGCCGCUGUGACAACAGCCCUUCCGAAUCGGCUUCCUGGAAAGGCCUCUCUACUGCCCGCGGUAUGUGUGACCUAUUGCACUCCUACCUGUUAUGGCAGCGUCACUUCUGCAUUUCCGCACAUAUCGAUCAUGUUCCGGGCUUCCGUAACAAGAUUGCUGAUGCCCUGAGCCGGUCCCGCGACCCGGGCACCUUGGGACUCAAUCCUGCCGAUGAGAUCCUGGUCCCAUGGCACCUGUUGAGCCGUCCUCCGCGCCCGUGUUACUCUCCUGCGUCCGCCUUCAACCGUGACCUCUUUCCGGCAUUGGACUUCUGA